CUUCACUCUUAUUUACUGGCUUCACUAGCUCUGUUUUACAAGCCUCUCAUACUUCAAAUCCCCUAAUCUCUGCGAUCCCCUAUCUUUCAAGCUAUUGAGGCAUCCAUUGAUUAAUCUACUCCUAUUCGUCAGCCCCUAUCACAUGCCACGUGACCUAAGAAUUAUAGUUAAUCCGCGCCGGAACAUGUCAAGGUUUAUAAUUGCUUCAUGGGUGAGCAAAGGUUAGGCGCGCGUUGGCCCGCGUUCGCGUUCCUUUUGCAUAACAUUGCUCUUUUGGUUAGACCUGAUGGUUUCCCCUCCUGAGUACUGAGAUGGAUGCAGAACCCUCAGUUUCACGAGAUCCCCGCGUCUCCAGUCGCUUACAAAACUCGCUGUCUGUUCGAUCAAAUUCCCAAGAGCAACUACGAUCGUGCUCCGUCCCUUCUCCACACCCAAGCACGGGCAGCCAAGAGACAACAAGUGAUCAUUUCAUUCGCGGCAUCUCUGAUCUUGUUCAAACAGCGGUCUUUGCUGCAACUAGCAGGUCAGAGCGAGAAAGACUCCACAAGAAACGCGGUACUACAGACGAGCUUCUUAGUAAAGCUAGAGGCCACUCUGGGUUUCCAUCCACUGUUGAAUUUUUCCAAAAAGCCAAGCAUGACGAGGAUGUAGAUCUAGUACGGAUAGAAAAGAAGAUAAAGGAAUACGAGUCAAAUUACCAGCGCCUUGAGAGCGAGCUCAGAGCCAGAUGGCUCGCCUCAGCAUCACAGCCCUCGAAAGUCAAGGAAAAGAUCCCUCAACUGCAGCAGGACGUCCAUCUAGCAAACACCAGGAUCUCUUCUUUACAGUCCGAUGUGGCCAAGCUUCAGUCUUUGGAGAAGGAGGUCGAUAUCCUUCAUGGCACUAUCAGCGCUCAUCAGAAGAGUUUCGCAAGCUAUACGAACUCCCUUGGCGUCCAAGAUCGAGUUUUAAAGGAUAAUAGCAAUAAGAUUGAGCAACUGGAAAGAGACAUCAAGAACAAUGCUUUUGACACUCUCGAGACGCUAUCAUCUGAGUGCAAAAGCAUGGCGGAUGAGUCAAAACAGAACAUAGCCGCAUGGGGGGAGAAAAUCGAGUUGUUAUGGCAAGCUCGACAUGCUUAUUCGACCUUCUCUGAUAAAAUCCACGGAAAUAUGGAGGCCUAUCAACAGAAAUUGGAGGAUCUCUCUAAGCCACAAACUGCAGACCCAAACCCAAAGCUGGCGUCGAGUAUUCAGGCCCUGAGCGAUCGCCUGGGUGAGCUAGAGAAAGUUCUGAGUAUAAAGGAUGAUUUGCAGUUUGCAGAGAUGGAAGAUAUCAAAAAAUCACUGGAAGAAUUCAAAACCAGUAAUGAGCAAAUUUCCAAAUCAUCCAUCGAGGGAAAGGUCAACACGAUGCAUCUUCACAUGCAGCAUAUGCGCCAAAAUAUCCACAGUGUUAACACUGGGUUACGCUCUUUAGAAUCAAGGUAUAACAGCCUAUCAACUGAGCCUAUUGUGAAGCAAAUGGUUGCAGCAAUGCAAGAAAUGUACCCUUCUGUUGAUUAUCUAUCUGCGGGUCUAGAAAUGCAGACACGGCGCGUUAACCAGCAACUACCACCUCUCCAACAUAAAGUCCAACAACUUGAGGCCCAGGUCCAAGGCUCUAUAAUAACCCACAACGAAUUAACGCAACUCCAGAGUGAACGGAAUGAUCUUUCCCAAUCAGUAGGGUCUCUUUGGGAAAGAUUAAAUACCCAAGCUCAGUGGCUUAAUCAGGAAGAAUUCAACACAAUAAAAUCCAACCUUGGUCAACUCGCAGGCAUAUCUAAUACUGUGGUGGAUGAACUCAAGUCUAAAAAGGCUGCGGAUGAAAAGUUUCUGCAGGAGCUUGCAAUCGAGCGCAACUCCUUCCAAGGGCAGCUCAGCAUGCUGAGGGAUACUAUCGCGCGGCUAGAUACGCAACUCACUCAAAAACCCUUGGGUAACGAUAAGGCCAUCCAGUCCCCAGCGCUGCCCAUCGAGAAUCUUGAGACAUCGAUUAAGGACCAUCAUCAGCAAUUGCGCGAGCAGAUUCAAGAAUUCACAGAAACCGGGGAGCCGACGGAACCUCUUGCUAAUGAGAGAGGGGUGACGUCUGCGCUGGAAACAUCUGAUACCGUGCAAGAAUGCAAUACGGAUAAUCCAAUCCCUUCACAGGGAGGAAGGGUCAAGCGACCCCAUGCAUCCACCUUGUCUGAUGAUGAGAAAUCAUUAUUCGUGGACUCCGCUCCUUCUCUCGCCGUCCCAGAAAUUGUGGUCCCAUGCGCGAUCAGGAACCAAAAUAACAAGCGGAUAAGAAUUACAAGCGGAGACGCCGAUAUAAACUGACUAGAGAAGGGGGGUUGAAAGUACUCCAAACUUCUCUCCGUCUUUCUGGGAUGGGCCCUCUUCAAAAGUUCAUUGUUUUAUUUUUAAUAUUGAACGUUGGCUCUGUCUGGUAACGAAUGCCACGAGGCUGUCAUUUAUUCUUUUCUAUUGGAGAUUGCAUUACGGUGCACACACUCUUGUAUUUAA